AUGAGAAACAAAGGACAGGAGACUGCAUAUGCGGAAGUCCUGGAAUUCUUUGUAGCUAUUGAUGACUCAAAUAGCAAAUGUGAAAGAGAAAUCCCUGAAGAGAUUGGAAAUCUUACAGGACUACAAUUGCUAAGCCUUUCCACUGACAUUGUCACUAGUAAAAUUCCUUCAUCCUUGGGGAACUUGAAAGAGCUUGAAGCUCUGGACCAUUCAAUGAACAACUGUCGGGAGAAAGCAACGCAACUGAUGGAUAUAUUCUUUCUUUCUUUCUUCAGUGUGUCUCAGAAUUACCUGACAGGACCAGUACCAAGAGGAAACAAACUAGCCAAUAGCACCUCCAGAAUCGGAAUUUAA